GUCGGACAAGCCCUUCCCUUAAGAACCCUGGUAAGAGUGAUGGUCCAAGUUUUCUGGUCAUAUUUAUGGAGAGUCUCGGCACCCCAAAUGACACCCUCUAGUGCUGAAGGUGGAAGAAAAAUGGAAGCUGGUGGCUGUGUCUGUGGAAAACACAAUGUGGAGCGGUAUAGUGACUGGGACAGCUUGUCGCUCCUGGCACCCAAGGCAAUUCUGACUGUAUCUGUCUGUCUGCUCUGGAGAGCCUCGCAAAAAUCUCACCACCUCCCUGCAGCUUCUAAGUGCCAGAUUGUGCCCCACACCCUCAGGAGCCAUGCUGCUGUUGGUGACCCUGGCUCUCCUUGCCGGUCCCACCUGCAGAGCCCAGACAUCCAGCUGCGGUUUGGUGGUAACUGGAGUGACGUGUACGGAUCCCGGUCACUAAAAUAUAAAGAGUUCCUUCUGGAGGAUGGAGAGCACGUGACACAGGUGAGCGGCACCAGAAAGCUCUGCCUGACUUCCCUAAGCUUCACUACUAACAAGGGGCGAGUGGUCACCUUUGGUGUUAGACGUGGCUUGUCCUUUAAUGAAAGUGGAGGUUCAGAUAAGUAUCUAGUGACUGUCAAUGGUCUGUAUGCACCGGGCCUCUGCCUUAAUGGGAUGGGCUUCAAAUGGAAAAAUAUUCAUGAUGACUUUGACGACAAUGAUGAUGACAAGGAAGAUGAUGAUGAUGAACAUGAUGAUGACAAUGAGGAAGACCAUGGUGAUAAAGACAAUGACAAAGAUCAUGAUGAUGACCAUGAUGAUGAUGAUGAUGACAAGGAAGAUGACAACGAGGAAGAUGUUGAUGAUGAAAGAGAUGACAAAGAUGAUGAUGAGGAGGAAGAUGAUAAUGAUAAGGAAAAUGACAAAGACGAUGGUGAGGGCAGUGGGGAUGAUGAUGACAAUGAUGAUGAAGAUGAUGACAAAGAUGAUGAUGGUGGUAGUGGUAAUGAUGAUGAUGAUGGUGAUGAUGAUGAGGAUGAUGAUGGUGGUGAUGAUGACAAUGGUGAUGAGGAAGAAGAGUAGCAUGUUCAGAGCUCAGCCCUGCAUCCCCGCAUUCCACCACCUCCUCUCAGCCAAGCUUACCCACUCACAGGGACCAAUAGACCAGGUGACCCUGGGCUGGAGUAGGCAAAGUCCAAAUGCCCUUUAUCUCUCUGUCCAAUAAAGUAUGUGCAUCUAUGUGA